AUGGAACUGCCGCCACCUGGCCAAGAACUUUUUAAAUACGAUUUUAAUGUAGCGGCAAAACUGUCGAUGAGUGUUGAAAGGGAUUACAAGAAGUUGUUUGUUGUUGAUUACAAUCCGGACACUGUAAGUGAAACAGAGUCAAAGUGCCGUUCCACUAUAUGAUUUUAUAAAUUGCAGCAUUACUUUAGCUAGAAUGGGAGGAGAGAGAUAACAAUCAGCUUGCCGCAUGCCUGGCCAAGUUCAACCUGUCGAGGGGCCUGAAUCCCCGGAAUCAAUCUUUUUUUGAUCAUCGCGACGACUUUGACAGCCUCGAGCAAUUCAACGGACAACACGUUCGACUUCACGCUGUCAAUGGCAAAUCGUAAGUCCCCUCUAAAUUUAGCCCUAAUUGUCUCUUUUUAGGCCCGGCCCAUUGCUAAUGACAAACUAUGGGGCGGUAAUGUUAAUAAAGGUAACUAAUGGGGCUCUCCUGGAUGGACUCACAAUGAGGUUCUAUGCGCUCGACACUGAAUGGUACAACGAUGGUGUUCCUUAUCUUCAACAAUGCCCUAUCCCACCGAAGAGCUCCUUCACCUAUCGGUAUAUUGUCAACCGGCACGGAACACAUGUUUAUAGGCAAGAAAAACUUCGAAAAUAAUUUUCCUUUGCCAAUAAAACGUUAAUUCAGAAAUCGUUCAGGUCUACCCACCCUCAUUUCCGACCCGACGGAUUCGUCGGCCUUAUGGUUUCCAAGAAAUCGCAGGAAACGCUGGCAACUCCAGAUGGAAGAAGGGUCAAUAUAGCGACAGAAUAUCAGGUUGCACUUCAAGACUUCCCAUUUGUUGAGGCCACUCAACAACGACAAUCCGGCCUAACGCACGGUCUCUCCAAAUGGGGAUAUGGUCUGAACAGGGAUGACAAACAGUGUGCAAGCCCGGGAGUCUAUCACAACCAGGUUGACAAAGAAUCAGUGACUCCUUUUGCAAUUUUGAUCAAUGAUAAAGGAUGGUAUAACCAGACGGAUAUCUUAACCAGGCCUUCGAGAAUACCGCUGACAACAUUCAGGGUUACUCAAGGUAAGGGUUAAAAUCAACCUCUCAAAGUCAGCAUAAUAGACAAAGCACUCAAAAAUGGACGAUCUUUUCAGACGGCUACAAUCUCUUCCGAGUUGCCCAUAUUGGAUUCGAGAGGGCGUUGAGGAUCUCCGUUGAGGACCAUGAGAUAGUUCUAGUCAUUUCGGAUGGCGCUCAUGUCAGACCUUUGGCUGCACAAUCGCUCGUAGUCCUGCCUGGCAAGAUAUUCAAUUUUUAUGUCCACAGUAAAACCAAUCCAGAAAAGAAAGUUUAUAGGAUGAUUGUGGAGACAUUGCAUGACUAUUUGCAUGAAGGAAGGCAGCAGCCGGUUUAUGGGCUGGCGAAUAUCGAAUAUAUGGACGUUGAGGACAAAGGGCAGAAUCUGGAUCAAGGUAAAGCCCAAGGCAUCGUAGAAAGUGUACAAGGCAACGUAAAACUAUUUUUUAGUUGACUUCUCCCACAACCGCUGCGACGAGGAAGAUUGCAUCGUUCUUAACUGCCCAUUCAACCCGUUAUAUCCCAACGAGAAUUAUCGCUGCAUUACCACGGACAAAUUUCAAUUCCCAGACAAACAUAAUGACUGGGAUAUGCUCCAAACAAGAUCUUAUUCCUCUUCUGAGUACGAGGAACACUUUAUCUCAAUGAAUGCCUUGACUGGAGUCGAUGGCUACAGUUAUAUUCCGCCAAAAUCAAUUCCGUAUUUUCAUGAGGAUAUUGAGUCAUGUUCCGAUUUCUUGUGCAACAAGAAGAACGUAGCCUUGGGCAAAUCAAAAUGCAAAUGCUUUCAUUACAAGAAAUUGGGCUAUCGUAAGACUAUACAGGCAAGUUCACCUUGAUUUGUUGGUUUACAGGCCCGUAUGCAAGACCUUUAUACCCAACAACCGCUAUUUUAGCUUACAAUAUAUAACAUGGGGCCUUCUCGACCAGGCCACGUUGGCUUGGCCAUGCCAGUUCAUAUCCCAAGCACUCAUGUUUAUGUCGUUCGAGUGGGUUUCCCGACGUAUCAUGCCAACCAAACCGUCAAGCAGUUUAAUCAAGAUUUGGUCUGUGAUCAGCCUCAGGCAAGUGAAAGUUCCUAACACAAAAUAUGACAGAAAGCCGGCCAAUUUUCAAGUAUCAAUAUGAGUUGUUAUAAUACCCUAAUUAUUUUUAGUUUGGUUGCUUCGAUGCGGUAUGGAGAAACGUCACCUGGUUAAAUGGAAACGUGCCGAUUGAGAACGAGGAACCAAGUUAUGUCACUAAUCUAUUAGUCCCUUAUGGUGGAUACACAGUGAUCCGAUUCAGAAGCAAAAAGGCCGGUUGGUAUUUGGUGGAAAGUAUGAGAUUGUCUGAAAGAGAAAAUGGGGUAGCCUUUGCGAUCAAAAUCGGAGAAAAGAAGGACAUGCCAGCGCCUCCGGAAGAUUUUCCAAAGGAUUGUGGAGAGUUUGAGCCCCCACCGGUAAGUUUGAUGAUGGCAGAGAGGUUGUGGUCCGGAGGUUACAAGUAACUUUAAUUGUACCGGGAAAAAAAUCUUAAAAUGCUUUUAUACGAGUACUUAAAAAUAAGUGUUGCAGAAAGAAUAAGAUUUUAAAAAAUUAGAAUUCAUAGUCUUUGCAGAUGGUGUUAAAGGAAGGAAACUUUGAAAUCUUCCCCCAAAAAUCCAAUUUUUAGCCUAGAGAUUGCUGUCGUCUUCACAAUAUUUCCCAAACGACAAGAAAGCUUAUUAUUUAUCAUUUUAUUCCAGAUCCCCAGUUUUGUACGGGAAGGUCUCGCAGAAGGUCCAGUGCCCUCUAUGUAA